GCUUGCUGAACGAGGAGAGAGGGUGUGAUUUGGGACGUCCGGUCGCGGCGGACAUGAUGUCAAGUGAAGACGGUCAGCAGUCCCAUGCCUUAACCAAGCCCACUUUUACUGAGGCUCAAGCCUCUGCUCUGGUAGAAUCAGUAUUUGGGUUCAAAGUUUCUAAGAUUCGGCCCCUCCCUAGCUAUGACGAUCAAAACUUUCAUGUUCACGUUUCAAGAACCACAGACACUACCGAUGACCCCGCUGAAUAUGUCCUCAAAAUAAGCAGCAUGGAGUCUAGUCAAACUCCAGACCUGAUUGAAAUGCAGAACCAUGUCAUCAUGUUUCUGAGAGCAGCUGGAUUUCCAACGGGCUCCGUGUGCCAAACUAAAGGAGGCAACACAAUCUCGCUUGUGUCCAUCGACAGUGGAUCUGAAAUCAAAAGCUACUUGGUGAGAAUGCUCACUUACCUCCCCGGAAGACCCAUAGCCCAGGUUGCCAUCAGCCACCAGCAAUUAUAUGAAAUAGGAAGGCUAGCUGCCCAGCUGGAUAAGACAUUGGAGGAAUUUCGUCAUCCGAAGUUAAAUCUUCUUCAUCGGGAGAACUUCAUCUGGAAUCUGAAAAACAUCCCUCUUCUCGAGAAAUACAUGGGUGCUCUAAGCCAGAAUCGAAACCGGGAGAUUGUUGAACAGGUCAUUCAGUUGUUCAAGGAAAAAGUAAUGACCAAAUUAAGUCAUUUUCGAGAAUGUAUCAAUCAUGGUGAUCUUAACGACCAUAACAUCUUAGUAGACUCCAGCGAGCCAGCCUCUGGAGAUGCUGUGUAUCGAGUCUCUGGGAUUUUAGACUUUGGUGACAUGAGCUAUGGCUACUAUGUGUUUGAAGUGGCAAUCACCAUUAUGUACAUGAUGAUUGAAAGCACAAACCCCAUACAAGUCGGAGGCCACAUCCUUGCAGGGUUUGAAAGCGUGAUCCCUCUGACGGCUGUGGAGAGGAGCGCACUGUUUCUCCUUGUCUGCAGUCGCUUCAGUCAGUCUCUUGUCAUAGCUGAGUAUUCCUGCCAGCUGUACCCGGAGAACAGAGAGUACCUCAUGGUUACAGCAAAAACGGGGUGGAAGCAUUUACAGCAGAUGUUCGACAUGGGCCAGAAGGCCGUAGAAGAGAUCUGGUUCGAAACUGCCAAGUCCUAUGAAUCCGGGAUCUCCAUGUGACCAGAGACAAGUUUGUAUUUCCUUGACAAUCAAAACUCAGUUAAGCCCAGAUCAAAUUCAUGAAGGAUUUUCCUGCAGAAUUAAAAAUGAAAUGGUAAAACAAAUCCAUGCCGAAUAUGAAGAGGCAAAGGAAGGUCUAGUUUUUACAGCAAUCUUAGGACUACCUUUUACUCUUAAGAAAGUACUACAUUUAGAACUCUUUCCUAGUGUGCAAGGCCCUGGGCUUAACCUCAGCACUGUAGAAGAGAAAAACACACAAGUAAGCAUGUCUUUCGGCGGGCUUUGUUUGUCUUUUCUUUCAAUCAUGCAUGAUUAUAUAUGAUUUGUAAUCAGUCUCUCAAAGUCUAUUCCAGCCUUAAAUCAAUAACUUUUUUGUUUGUUUGUUUGUUUUGAGAAAAGGUUUCUCUGUAGCUUUGGUGCCUAUUCUGGAACUAGCUCUUGUAGACCAAGCUGGUCUUGAACUCACAGAGAUCCGCUUGCCUCUGCCUCCCGAGUGCUGGGAUUAAAGGCAUGCGCCACCACCGCCCGGCAAAUCAAUAACUUUUAAACUGUGAAAGGAAUACAUAUGUAAACUAUAUUUAUAUAUUUUAAAUAAUUCACAUAUUUUAAACACCUAGUCUACACAACACUAACUGUAUGAACUCCCCUCUGACCUCACUUCCUUAGCAUCCCAUGGGAGUCUGUCUUUUCCGUAGCAUUUCACUGUCUUACCUGUUGUACAGUCAUCUAGCCUGUCAAUUUGACCAUGGCAGAACCAUGAGACACUUAUGUCUGUGUGUCUCUCCUUGCACCUGUGAUAGUGCCUUUCCCACAGAAGAGUCUUUGGACACAUUCACAAGAUGAAUGCAUGCCAGAGGAAAGAUGUUAUGGUGCCAUAGGGGAAAACACGGGUGGGAGUCAUGGGGGAAACAUUUCA